AUUGCACUUCCUUCAAACCGGGUAAACAAAGUUGAAUUUUUGAUAUUUUUUAACGUUUUAGGAGCGUUUCAUUCUCAUAUUCGAAUAUUAAGUCUAAAGAUUAUUUGGAAAAGACUUUACAAUAAUAAGCAAAAAAGUCUUAUGCUCACUACCACUUGAAUUCCUUUAGGUGAACUUUUUUUCAAAAUGAGUUUCUCAGACUCAGACAGUAGUGAAGAAUCUGAUCUGGGAUUACUAAAAAAAGCUUUAGAUGUCACUUUGCCAGAUGAUUUUGACCCAAACUCUGUUCCUCAGUCAGGGGUGGAAUUCUUACAACAUGUGAUAUUUGAAAGGACCCAGUGUAAACAAUGGGUAACUGCCACAAAAGACUUUACCAAAUAUAAUGAGAAGCAAAAUGUUCAUGUACACCAGGGUGUAGAUGUGCCAAAAGCCUUACAGAAGUUUUACCCCACAAAGCAAUGGCAAGACAAAACUAUAAAUGACCUCACACAACUAAAGACUUACAUCAAGAACUCCCAAACUUUUGAACCAACAAAAAUUUUUAUAAGAAGAGGAAAUUUUUUUGAUAGAUUAGAGCAUGGUGUUGCUCCUCCCACAUUAUCAGAAAUUGGUCAAUACUGUCAGUCAGCCAAAGUUAGAAUGUUCUCUUAUAUGACAGAAGUACUGGAAGACUUUGAUCCAUUAAUGGGAAUAAGUGAUAAUCUUGGCACUUGGGCAUAUGGUCUCUUGGCCCUUUUGGAAAAACCACUUACACCAGAUUGUUGUUUCCAGUUAAGAGAGUUUGCCAAAAAAUGUGCCAGCAUUAGAGCCUCCCUUGGUGAAAAUAUCGAUAAUAGAAUAGCAAUUCCUUUAAAUGUGUUUAUUUGCAUUGUGGCAAGGUGUUAUGAUCAGCUAGAUCUAUUGGAUUAGGAUUGUUAAAAAAAUUUAACUUUGUAAGUAUUCUGGACCAAAUUAAUGCCAAUAAAAAUAUAUCUUAAUAUAUAA